CGGCUGCAACCAUAGAGCUUCAGCCUGGAGCGGCCCCGCCGCGGAGCGAACGGCGCAUGCGCUUAGUUUUGCUUCGCUGUGGCGGUGAGGAGGCGUGGGGUCUGCAGCAUGGCUUCGGUGCUGAACCUCAACAACGAGGUUGUGAAGAUGAGAAAAGAUGUGAAGAAAGCCAGAGUCCUGACCAUUCGCAGACUGACCAGACACAUCGGGAAACUGAAGUUGAAAAAGGGUUCAGAGGACUUGAAGCUAAAGAACCAAAAACGAGCUGAAAGAUUAAUAGAAGAAAUCCACGCUAUGAAGGAAAUAAAGCCGGACCAAGUUACCAGACUUGCACUUAGGAAAGAAGUUAAUUUUGAAAGUAUCUGCAGAAAGCCAAAGUCCACUGCAAAUGAGCGAGCUCUUGCAAGACUUGCAACACACCCCCUUCUGAAACCCAAAAUUGCUGAACUUAAGGCUGCUGUAAAAGCUUUUAAGGAUGCAAGACAAAACCCAGGUAAAGCCAAUCCUUCAGAAAAGAAGCCAGAAGCUCAGCCUAAAUCAGCACAAAAUUUGAAUGAACAUGUUCUUAAACUAGUUCAAAAUCGGCAAGGAUUUGAAGAUAAAACAAAAAUGAGUGUGAAAAUGGGAACUGUAGGAGGAGCUGAUAAACUCAGUGAGAGUGAACCUGAACAGGAAAUUAUGGAAAUGGAGAGAAUUCCAAAAGAGUUUUCGUCUGAGACAGUAGAAAUACAAGCAGUCACUCAGACAGGAAAGAAACUUGUCUGUAAAAAAAGGAAAGAAAAUGUGAGCAUGAACAAAUUAACUGCAGUGAAACAAAUAAUUAGGGAUGAUAGUGACCUGGAACAACAUAGUGAAGAGGAAUACUUUGAUGAUAGUACUGAAGAGAGGUUUUAUAAUCAGACAUCAAAUUCUGAUAGUGAUAGCAAUGAUGAUUUCUUCAUUGGCAAAGCAAAAAGAAAGAAGAAAACAGCAGCAGUUAAUGAUGUUUCUUCAGUAAAAGAAAAGAAUACACUUCAGAAAAAUAUAUUGAAGGAAGAAAAGAGUACAGUAUCUGGAACAGUGCAGAAUUGGAUCAUGGAAGGAAAACCGCAUGAUAAAGCUGGGAAGCUGGAAUCAGUGUUCUGUACUUCUUUGUCUACCUGCAAUCAGAAAUCCCAAAACAGAAGAAACACAAAAGACCAACCUGUCAAAAACAGACAAACAGCUCUUCUUAAAAAGGAACCACAGCCCAAAAAACAAUCAUUUGCAAAAACCUCCAUUCUUAAACAUGAUGGUAAGAAUCCACGUUUGGAGCAGCCUCUUCAUCCUUCAUGGGAAGCAAGCAGGAGACGUCGGGAACAAAUGUCACAAAUUACAGCAUUCCAGGGCAAAAAGAUUAAAUUUGAAGACUAGAUUGUAUAUAAAUUGAGAUUGUAAAAUAUGAUUAUUAUAAAUUUGCAUCUUACAGUGUUUUUGUCAGUGGUGAAAACUGGAAUUUGAACAAUUCUUGGUAGUGUGGACAGAAAACAGUGUAGAAAUCUUCACUUAAAUAAUAUUUUACAUUUCUCAAGAAUUUAUGCCCAUUAAUCCAUGUUUGGGUGUCUUGAUAAUUCCAAUUCCAUAAUGCCACUGUUUAUGGAAUACACCCCACCAUGACUGAAUGGAUUUUAAGAACAUCAUCUGUGCCAUGUAGGAGUAAUACAGAUUCUCUGAAGUUUUAUUUUUGUAAAAAUGUACUUUUAAGUACUUAAGGACUGGAUCUAAAGUUAUAGGUAAGAAUACCACUACUGAAGUGAUAAUCCUAGGUCUGUAUUAUCAAAUAACAUCUUUGAUGAGGAAAAGAAAUCUCUUAAACUUGAACAGACUUUACAAAUUCAUGAAUGUGCCAGUUGGGUAUGAAAGCCAAUUAGUAAUGCACAUGUUCUGGGUAGCAAUAAAAUACUGGCCUGUUAAAUUGUGGUCUUUGUUGUUCUUGGGUUGUACUGCUGCUUUGAGAUACUGAGUGUCUUUAGUACUCCUGCCCUGGAGAUUGUAUCUGGGUGGUCUGCGUUUCUUGCACUUGUACAGUUAGAAAUCAUCUUUCUUAUUAGAUGUUGUUGAUAGUUAAACAAAUAUAAUGUAUAUAAAAAGAUACUGUUGGACAAAAAUCUUUAGUUAUUUAGUAUGUUUCUUCAGGGAUGUUUUCUGCAGCUUAAUUGAAACAAGUCAAAAAGAGGGAUGCUAUAUGUAUAGGUUUAGUGGAAGCAGGCAGUGGUACAUCAUUCUAAGAUUCUCCUGCCUUCUGGUGUUGUAGCUCAGGGACUUAUUGUGAUGUGGUAGUUUACUGUGUUUGAUAAUCCUCAAUAGAUAUCUCUUCCGCAGAUUUGUCUACUGUAAAAUCCGUUACAACUUGUGUAACCUCUCAUCUCUUGGAGAAGUCUGUCCUAUGUAUUGAACUCUGUGAAAAAGCAAUCUGUUUUCCUACAUGUUAAGCUGCAACCUGAUAGGUUUAUUAAGUGCUUAUAAUGGUGAGAAAAGAAUUUUUUUAACCCUUUGAAUGUCACUUUGGAUAGGGAAGGAGAUGUUGGGGAGAUGUUGUUUAUCUCCACUUUAAUAAGGCUUUUGUUGUUCUUUCCCAUGACAUCCUAUAGACAAACUGCAUUAAUAUGGACUACAUAAAUUGAUAAUGAGGUGAACCAGAAACUUGCUGACCUGCUGAGCUCCAAAGGUUUUGAAUAGCACAUAGCCAACAUAACUGAAGAGAGGUAACUAGUGGUUCAGUACUGAGCUUAGUAGUAUUUAACAUCUCCAUUAAUGAACUGGAUCACAGGACAGAGUGCAUAUACACAACUGGCAGGAAUGGCUUAUAAUCCAGAUGGUUGUGCUGCCGUUCAGACGGACAUGGACAGGCUAGAGAAGUGAUCAGAGGGAAAGUUUAAACUUUGUGAAGCUUAGUUAAGGAAAAUGGAAAGCGCUGCCUCUGGAGAGCAGUAACACUGUACAGUAGUCUGUGCUGGAUGCAAAUGGGAUGGAAAGCUGCUUGCAGGAAAGGACUUGGGUUUCCGGUGAAUACCAGCAGACCACGAGCCAGCAAUUCAUCCUAAUAGUAGAGAUGUCCAACUCCUUUUUAGAGGAGCAGCAAGUUUGGAGAAGUGAUCUUUCUUCUCUGUUCAGCACAGGUGAGCCUGUAUCUAUCCCAGUCCCUGGAAGUUGUGGACUUUGCAGUACAAAAGAUGUGGACACAAUGGAGAAAGUCCAGCAAAGGAUCUCCAAUAUGAUAGAGGAAAUAGAGUAUCUGACAUACAGGGAGUGGCUGAGAGCUGGGACAGUUCAGUCUGUAGAAGGCUUGGAGGAUCUUACCAGUGUUUGUAAUUACUGGGAGGGGAAGAAGAUCAAGACAGACUUUUCUCAGUACAAAAGAAACAACUUUGUCACUGUAAGAGGUCCGGUGCUGGCACAAGUUGUCCAGAGAAGAUGUGGAGUCUCCAUCCUCAGAGGUACUUAGAAGCCAUCUGGACAUGGUCCUGUGCAAGCUGCUCUAGGUGACCCUGCUUGAAUAGAAGAGUUGAGCCUGAUGACCUCUGGAGGACCAUGCCAACCUCAUCAAUUCCUUGUGAUUUUGUAAUACUCAGAGGAAUGAGUCAAGCAGAGACUUAGUGACUACCAUCUGUUGGUUAAAGCAGUUACUGGAAGCAUGUAAAAAUGCAGUCGCUGUGUAAUUCCUCAGUAUAUUCUAUUUACCAUGAUGUUACAGCCCAAUGGGAGGAACAAGGUUAGGUUUUUUUUAACACAGUGUGACCGCCACUAUGUCUCCCUCCCUCCUCCCUCCGGUAGACUUUGUAUCUUAAUACUUAUAUCCCAGUAUUUCUGCCCAUCCUCUUACUGUGUUCAGUUGUUGUAAGCUAAAUAUUACAGUGGUUCCUUGGAUUAUUAUUAUCCACGUAUGACUUUGCCCCUCAGGCCAAAUGUCUGUAAGUGUGGUAUUAUCUUCCUGAAUUGCACUGAUGCUGAGAAGAACAGGAAAUUCAUAUAUCCUUCCAUCUCCCAGUGCUUUUUGUUGCUGUUAUUUUUAAUGUACCAUCUUGAAUGACAUCAAAUCUAAAGCUAGAAGCAUCACAAUAAAACGUGAAAAUGAGAAA